UAUGUACAGUGAAUGUAGUUAGUGCUCAGCAAAAUGCUGUUUAGAACGGGUUUCCUCAUCUGGUUCGCCUUAUCGCAUGCCGUUGAGAAUCUGGCAUUGAGCGAAGACACAUCUAACUCUACAGAUGACUUAGAUUCAGCAGUACUCGGUGCAUUAGUGAACACUUCAGACGUCCAGCUGCAACGUCAAUCAUCUAUUACCGGUUUAUGCGAUGGUGUGAAACAACUAGUAUGUAAUACAUGUAACACUUUUCGCGUUUGCUUGGGAACUGAAGUUGGCCAAGAUGUAACGGUCGCAUGUCCUACGGACCAGCCGUAUUGUAACUAUGGAACAACUACCGACUAUUGUUCCAAUGUUCCAAUUCCAAACGUAUGCACUGAUGAUACGCAAAACACACCAGUAACAUGCUCAGCCGUUGGAAUCUUCCCAGACGCUGGCAACUGUCGUAUCUACCAUGGAUGCACCAAUAUCGGACAGAGCUCGUCCAUUUACAGAUGUCCUACUGGGUACGUGUUUAAUCCCGCGUUUGAACUGUGUGCUUUGGAAAAUGUGUUUUCACGCUGCAUAAAAAUGCAAUGUACGGCCAACUUUAUCGGACAUGUACGGUACGGCCAAUCGCAGCGAUUCUACGGUUUAUGUGACGGUACCGGUCAAGCUCCGAUUGUGUACAGAUGUCCAAACAGGGCGAACUUUGCGUUUAUAGCCGGUUCUACAUUUGGCGAGUGUGGUUACCUCUGCCCGGGACAGGGAAACUAUCCUAACAGUAAUGAUCCGGCAGCUUAUUUUCAGUGCUUCUGGGCAAAUCGGCAACUACGAUACAAUUUGGUGCUUUGCCCCGCUGGAUUAACAUUUAACAGCCGUCUACGAUAUUGCACAUAAUUUUGAUUGUAAUCAGUCAUUGCUAAAAUGGAUUAUAUGCCAAACAAAUAUUUAAUAUACCUUAUUAUGCUGGUUUCAUCAUUUCAUAUCAUAUACGUUUUAAGAGAAUGUUUUUGUUGUAUAUUUUUUAUGCAAAACCAACAUCUCUACAUAGUAUUCUAUUACACAACUAACAAAUUAUUGUCAUAAUACACUUUGUGCUUUUAAGAAAGAACGCUUAUUCUAUGUCAUAUAA